AUGGCCGUUCGUCAAGUUGUGGUCGAGAGCCCUGUACGACCACUGCGGUCUCUGGUGCGGUCGUGUUUCAUCUUCCUCCUCUUCCUGUCCACGGUCAUCGUGAUCAUCCUCUUAGGUUUUCCUGACAGCUCCUUCCAGACAGACUGGUGGAAAAACCUAUCACUGUACACAUACUACCGUAGAUGGACCAACCCCGACCGCCCCCUUGGACCAUCCCCAACCACCAUUCCCCCAACCACAGUACCAGCCCCUCCCUCAACCACCAUACGCCCGCUACCAACCAACCACUACCAUUUUGGCUACCCUCGUAACUACCACUUCAUCGUAGACGAACCGGACAAGUGUAAUACCCAGACCCCGUUCCUGGUGCUGAUAGUCCCUGUGGCGCCCGGUAACCUGGCGGCCCGGGAUGCCAUCCGCAGGACGUGGGGUAAUGAGACCCUGGUGCAGGGGAAGAAGGUACAGACGCUAUUCAUGCUAGGACUUCCUGGAGGACCAGAUGCUCAGGAGCUGCAGGAGAAGGUGAACCAGGAGAGCCAGGUGCAUCAUGAUCUACUCCAGAGCAACUUCCUGGACUCCUACCUCAACCUCACCAUUAAGACCAUGGUGAUUAUGGACUGGCUGGCCACCCACUGCACCAAUGCCACCUACGCCAUGAAGAUCGACUCAGACAUGUUCCUCAACGUAGAGAACCUGAUGACUAUGUUGCUGAGACCGGACGUCCCCAAGGUGAACUACCUGACGGGGAAGCUGAUGUGGGAUCGACCGGUCAUCCGGAACCCCAACUCCAAAUGGUAUGUUCCGGUAGAGAUGUUAGCCGACAACCGAUACCCGACCUACACACUUGGUAUGGGAUACGUCUUCUCCAACGACCUGCCGGAGAGGUUCGUGGAGGUAUCCAAGGACAUCAAGCUUUUUAAUAUAGAAGACGCCUAUGUUGGCGCCUGUAUGAAGAAACUGGGCCUCUCGCCCACAAACUCACCAAAUCCUUGGCAAUGGAAAGCCUAUCUCGGCAAGUACAAUCGCUGUGAAUUUUCCAAAGUCAUCACCUAUAUUUUGAGCCGCUCGUCCCAGAUAGUGGACUACUGGAUGGACCUGAAGAAGACACCUGGUUCACCCUGUUCCUAGACACUGAUCUAGGGUCCAUUUUGUAUUUUUCAUCCUAAUGGUAGAGUCUAAGUCUUUAGG